AUGGAGCUGCUUUCUGGGUCUCUCUUCCUGCUCCUUUGCGUCUGUGGCGUCCUCUUCCUGGGCUUGGCAUGGAAGGGCAAAGGCGGCAAGGCCCGUCUGCCCCCCGGACCCACUCCGCUCCCCAUCCUGGGGAAUUUUCUCCAACUGGACCUAAAUAACAUGCUCAAAUCCCUGGAGAAGCUGAGUGAGGCCUACGGCUCGGUCUUCACCGUCUACCUGGGGCUGCGGCGAGUCGUGGUCUUGAGCGGCUACAAGGUGGUGAAGGAGGCCCUGGUGGACCAGGCAGAGGACUUCAACGUGAGAGGGCAGAUACCGUCCUUCUCCAAGGAUUUCAAUGAGCACGGAGUGACCUUUGCCAAUGGCGAUCGGUGGAGGCAGCUCCGCAGGUUCAGCCUCACCACCUUGAGGAAUUUCGGGAUGGGGAAACAGUCCAUUGAGGAGCGGAUCCAGGAGGAGGCUCAGUGCCUGGCAGAGGAGUUCCGUAAGUUGCAAGGGACACCCUUUGACCCCACCACCGUCAUCAGCCGAGCCACCUCCAAUGUCAUCUGCUCCAUCGUCUUUGGGAAUAGGUUCCAGUACGACGAUGUGAAAUUCAUCACCUUGAGCGAGCUGAUCACAGAACGGUUCCGUGCGGACAGCCUGCCCCAGUCUCAGCUGUACAAUAUCUUCCCGGAGAUCAUGGAGAAGAUCCCCGGAUCCCACCACAAAGGCAGCAGAUGUUCCCAGGAGAUCAUGCGCUUCAUAGAGGAGAGGGUCAAGAUACUGCAGGCCUCGCUGGAUCCCUGUGAGCCCCAGAACUUCACCGAUUGCUUCUUAGUUAAGAUGGAUCAGGAAAAGAAUAACCCGGCUUCUGAAUUUUGCAUGGAGAAUUUGGUCGUGACCACCUUCAACUUGUUCUUCGCUGGGACUGAGACGAUUGGCACCACCCUGAGAUAUGGAUUCCUGAUCCUGCUGAAGUAUCCACAUAUUCAAGAAAAACUCCACGAGGAAAUCGAUCGAGUGAUUGGAAGGGACCGGAUUCCAGCCACUGAGGACAGGAACAAAAUGCCUUACAUGGAGGCUGUCUUGCAUGAGAUCCAGAGAUUCAGCGAUAUCCUGCCCAUGGGUCUUCCGCACGCUGCCACCAAAGACAUCGACUUCAAGGGAUACGUCAUCCCCAAGGGCACCUACAUCUAUCCUUUGCUGAGCAGCGUUCACUAUGACCCAGAGCAGCACUCCAACCCUCAAGAGUUUGACCCGGGGAGAUUCCUGGAUAGCCAAGGCUGCUUCAAGAAGGUGGAGGCGUUCAUGCCUUUCUCAGCAGGGAAGCGUAUCUGCAUGGGCGAAGGGUUGGCCCGCAUGGAGCUGUUCCUCUUCUUCACCACCAUCCUGCAAACCUUCACCCUCCACUCCCCUGUGCCACCCAGCCAGAUCAGCCUCGCACCGGCGGCCGUGGGCAUUGGGAAGAUCUGUGAGAAAUAUGGCCCUGUCUUCACCAUUCACCUAGGGCCUCGCCGUGUUGUGGUCUUGUGUGGAUACGAUGCAGUGAAGGAGGCCCUGGUGGACCAGGCUGAAGAGUUCGGUGGCCGUGGAGAGCAAGCCACGUUUGACUGGCUUUUCCAGGGUUACGGGGUUGUCUUCAGUAACGGGGAAUGGGCCAAACAGCUACGCCGAUUCUCCAUCACAACACUGUGGAAUUUUGGGAUGGGAAGGAGAUCCAUUGAAGAACGGGUCAUGGAGGAGGCCCCCUUCCUGCUGGAAUCCAUGAGGGCAACAAAAAGUGCCCCCUUUGAUCCUCUAUACAUGCUGAGCCGCACAGUGUCCAAUGUCAUCAGCUCCAUUGCCUUUGGCGAUCGCUUUGAAUAUGAAGAUAAGGAGUUCGUCUCCUUGCUCAGCAUGAUGCUGGGUAGCUUCCAGUUCACUGCCACAUCUUGGGGGCAGCUCUAUGACAUGUUCUCGGGCAUCAUGCGGUACCUGCCUGGCCCACAACAUAAAGCCUUCAAGCAGCUCUUAGGGUUGGAGAAGUUCAUUAUGGAGAAGGUAAAAGACCAUGAGGAGACCCUGGACCCCAAUGCCCCUCGGGAUUUCAUUGACUGCUUCUUGGUGAAAAUGCAGCAGGAGAAGAAAAACCCAAACACAGAGUUCUUGCCAAGGAAUCUGGUUAUGACAACCCUCAACAUCUUCUUCGCUGGCACAGAAACGGUCAGCACCACCUUGCGCUAUGGCUUCCUGCUUCUGCUGAAAUACCCGGAGGUUGAAGAGAAAGUCCAUGAAGAGAUUGAACGGGUGAUUGGCUCGAAUCGCACUCCCAACAUGGAUGACCGUCCCCUGAUGCCCUACACGGAUGCUGUGAUCCACGAGAUCCAGAGAUUCGCUGACAUGCUCCCCUUGGGGGUAGCAAGACGUGUGACCCGUGAUACCCAGUUCCGGGGAUACAACCUUCCCAAGGGGACUGAAGUGUUUCCCAUGCUCGGGUCUGUGCUGAGAGACGCCCAACACUUUGCAAGACCAGACGUGUUUGACCCCCAGCAUUUCCUGGAUGAGAAUGGGCAGUUCAAGAAGAACGAGGCUUUUAUGCCUUUCUCUGUUGGGAAGCGCUAUUGCUUGGGGGAGAAUCUGGGCCGGAUGGAGCUUUUCCUCUUCCUCACCAGCAUCCUGCAGAACUUCCGCUUAAAAUCUCCCGUCCCUCCUGAAAAGAUCAACAUCUCUCCUAUGCUGGUUGGCUUUGCCACCAUCCCACAUUUUUAUGAAAUGUGUGCCAUUCCCCUCUGAAGGAGGACAGGUGUCUUGGAGAAGUGGAGCCCCGUUGCCAUCCACCUUGGUUGCUUCAAAUGCUAAAAUUGGAGAGUUCUUGAACUCAUGAAGGGCCAGAACAGGUUGACCCUCCCACCUCCAGAAUCUUGCUUUUGAAGCUUCAUGAUCUGUGUUUCCAUUGGUAGAAUCCCCCCCCUGUAUUUCUUUUGGAAGGUCCUUGACUCACAGCCCCUGUUCCUUCCCUCAGGCACCAUGAAUGAGCCCCUCUCCUCAUCCCCCAUUCCAGCCGUCAGAUUCCCUGUUUGCUCUUUUCCUCCGUCAUGUGGCUUAGGGCCUUUGUAUUUAUGGGACCGCCUCUCCUGGUAUGCCCCGCAGAGGACCUUAAGGUCCAUGAAUAAUAAUAGUUUAGAGGUCCCAGGCCCUAAGGAAGUCAGACUACCCUCCACCAGGGCCAGGGCUUUUUCAGUGAUGGCUCCGACCUGGUGGAAUGCUCUGUCCCAUGAGACUAGGGCCUUACAGGAUUUAACCUCCUUCCACAGGGCCUGUAAGACAGAGCUAUUCUGCCUGGCCUUCAAUUUGAAUUUAGCCUGAUAUUUUAUUCCCCUUCUCUUCCCUCCCCCUCCCCUUUUUAUGAAGAUUACCCGCUCUGGGACCCCACAGCUAACUCUCCCCUGGCCUCCUCGCUGGCCCAAGUAGGACUAAUUUAGCCAGCUAGCCCUGGUGACCAUCUAAUGUUUAUUGGAUGGGUUCCCCCCCCAAAAAAAUUGAUUUUUGAACUUUGAAUUUUAUUGUUAUUCAUGAUUUUAUACUGUAUUUUAUGCUGUUUUAUGUCGUAUCAUAAUUAAGUGUUUUAAAUCUGUUGUUAGCCACCCUGAGCCCGGUUUCUGAACCGGGAAGGGCGGGGUAUAAAUAAAAAUUUAUUAUUAUUA